AUGGCCCCAGGGUUGAGCGUUUUCUCCUUUACGCGAGAGUUUGUCGGUCCUAAAUAUGCAGGGCUGGCAGCACUGGCUGAUGUCCCCACAAAGCUGUACACUCUCCUACUCAUCCCAUAUUACCUUCGGUUCCGGUCGGAAUCAUUGGGCAAUGAUUCCGAGAAAGCAACCGACGCAAAGGCAACCAAACAAAAGCCGUCCACGGUGAAUCGUCUCAAAGGAAUCUUCGGUGAUCCAUUUAAUCUUGCAAUUUCCAGUGGUUUAGUUCUCGCAGCGCUUGGGCGGCCCGUUUCGACGCUUGGAUUUGCAGGCAAGGCCGUGGGCAGUCUGGCACAAGCUCAAACUGCCAUUUUAUUUCUUGUGAUUGGCAUCAAGCUUAAAUUCGGUGGAGACCGUCCCAAGCUGUGUUUGCAGCUCUUGUUGGCUCGGCAUGGCUUUUGCAGUCUCGCGAUGGCAGCAUUUCUGAAAAUCUUUCUGAGUGGUGUCGGGACAGCUCCGCGAUUGGCGGCCGUUCUGUCCUCGCAUGCCGCCUGUUCCAUUAUUGCUUUUGGUCAAAUGUCCAAAGUGGCCGCGAACGGCGUCAAGGGAUAUGAUACUGACUUGGCUUUUGAUAUUGUGGCCUUGUCUUUCCCAUUUACAGUGAUGCUCAAUACGGUUGCGUGUCUGGCAGGUGCUGGCUAUGUAGAAAGGCUCCCUCUCAUUGGGGCUUCCUUCUUGGUCCUAUCGGCUGGAAUUGGAAAAGUGACCAGCUAG